AUGAAAUAUACCUAAUACUUACUGAAAAAUCUAAUUCCUGAAUGGAUUAAAUUAUAUAUCAACUUCAAAUAUCUAAAGACUCAUUUAGCUGUUGUCACAAAGUUAAAGUAGUUGUUGAGAAAAAUAAAAAAACUUAAACCAAAAGAUGUCUAUAAAUAAUUUAAAUAUGAUGUCGUUGCAAAUAAAUAACUAUUUGAAAAAUUGGAGUAAGAUCGCAAUCAUUUUAUGAUUGUUUUUGACAAUGAAACAGAAUAAAUUUAUAGUUUUACAGAGUGGAAGUAUAGAGAAUUACUAAUAUGUUUUGAGAAAUUAGACAAAUAAAUUAAAAUAAUGGAGUAAAUGGCAUAUUAUACGUAUAAAGAAUAGAUAAUAGUAACAUGGAAUAUGGGUUAGAAUAUAAAAGAAUAAUAAAGAGAAGAUGCUAUUGAAAUAACAGUAUAUUUGAAAUAAAAAGAAGAACUUUUAGAAACAAGUUUUAAAUUUUAUAAUGAGUGUGAAUAACUGUAAUCAUAUAUUAUUUUGAAUUCAGAAGGAAUUCGUAAGAUUCUUAAGAAAUAUAAAAAGCAAGAACUUAAAGGGAUUAGAAAUAAGGAAAUAGAAAUUCAAUAUUUUGGCAAUGUAUAACAAUUAUAAAAGAGACUUAAGAAAUAUGAAACUAAAGUUAAUAUUUUGAAAUAAAAUACAGAAUCUCUUAUGAUUAAUCAUUUUUAUGCUGAUGAGUAUGUGCUUUCUUUUUAUACUAAAUUAGUCCUAGUGAAUGUAGAGAACUUAUUAGAAAAUACAGUGAAAAAGGAUAAAUAAAUUUGAAAACAGUCUUUUAUUUUGGAUUCUUUGCAGGAGCAGCUAUUAUGAUUAUUCUAAUUAUAUUGGGAAUGCGAUUUGAUGGUCUUUUAGAUCCUAAUUCAGAUAAGGUUUUCAAUAAAGUAUUUCCAUGUUUUAGAGGCAUGGCAUUAUUUAUAAUUUAUUAUUGGUUUAUUACUUUAGAUCUAGCAGGUUGGAAUUAUUUUAAUAUCAAUUAUAAAAUCUAUUUAGGUUUCAAUCAUCAUUUCUCUACAGUUUAAGAAUUAUUAUAAAGAGUUAGUAUAUUUACUGCUAUAUUUUUAAUUACUUUCUUAUGGUAUUGUAUAGCAGUAGAAGACUCUUUAGGUGAUUUAUCAAGAGCUGUCUAAUUAUUUGAUAUAAGAUAUCUACCAAUAAUAUGUUGGGUUAUAUCCAUUAUCUACGUAUUCUAUCCAACAACUAAAUACUUUAAUCCUUAAGGUAAGAGAUGGAUGUAUAAGAUGUUUUACGGUGCCUUAUGGGGUCAUUUUAUAAAGUAUGAAUCUAGAUAUACAUUCUUUACAGACUAAUUCACAUCUAUGAUUACAUCAAUGAGAGAUUUUGAUUAUACUAUCUGUUAUUAUCAUCAUUUUGUAAAUAUCUAUUUUUAAAUAGAUAUUUUUGGGUAAUGAACAUAAUGGAGAAUGUAAUUUUUAAAGAAGGUUUACAGCAGCUUAAGCUAGUAUAAUACCUUAUUUAUUAAAAUGUAUUCAAUACUUAACUCGAGCUAGAGACAAGGGGAAGUUCUUGUUUACAGAUGAGAUGUAUAAUUUUAUUAAAACUACUAUUGCGAUGUCAGUGGGAAUAUUAGCUUAUUUGACUAGAUUAGAUAUAGGUUGGAAAUAUUAUUGGAUAGCAGUGGCAUGUUUUUGUUCUUGUUUUGAAUAUUAUUGGGAUCUAAAAAAAGAUUUUAUGUUUUUUGAGAAAGGAACUAAAUAUAAAUUUUUAAGAAAUGAUUUAGGUUAUAAUAGUCCUUACAUUUAUUAUACUUUGGGUGUAUUGAAUUUCUUUUUAAGAAUUGCAUGGGUAUUAACAAUAUCACCUGAUAUGUAUAUGAUAAUAGGAAUUAAGAACGAAAUGUUUGUAUUAUGUUUUGGAUUUUUAGAAAUGAGUAGAAGAUUGAUUAAUAAUUUCUUAAAAAUGGAAAAGGAACAUAUUAAUAAUUUAAGAACUUUAAAAAGUAAUUCAGAUUUAAAAUUUCCAUUUAAAGAGAAAAAAGAUAUGGAAUUAGAAGAAAUAAAUAGUGUAUUUGAUAUUGAAUCUAUAUCUACUCUUCCAAGAAUUAGUUUUGGUGAAAAAAAUAAAGAUUAAUAGGAUUCAAAUAACUUAAAAUUAUCAGAAAUAAAUCCAAAAAAUUUAUUAAAUUAAUAAGAUUAUUCAAAAGAGGAUAUUCAUAGUCCAAUUAAAAUGUUAUAAUCUCCAAAACAUUCUAUGUUAAGUAAGUAAAAUAAAAAGGUUUCAUUUUUAAAUUUAUAAUUUCCAUUACAAGAAGAAAUUCAAUUAUAAUAAUAAUAAUCUAAUAUAUCUAAAAAAUAGAGUAGUAUUAUAGAUCAUUAACUCUAAGAUAUUAAGAUUCCAAGAAAUAUUUCUUUUGAAAAUUAUUUGAACUUUAAAUAGAGUUUAAGGAGAAUUAAUUCAUUUAGAUUGACAUAAUUUUUAGAAUAACCAAAAGAUACUCAAAUAAAUAUUCAUGAUUAUAUUCAUAUUCAUCCUAAUAUGGAUUUAGUAGAGAAAGCAAAGAGAGAAGAAAUAUAAAUGUAAUAAAAAUAAAAAAUUUUGAAUAAUGAAAACAAAUAAUAUUUUAAAGUAAUUAUAUUUAAGUUAAUAAAAUAGAUAAUUGAAUAAUAUUAUGAAAAAUAUGAGAUAAAGUAGAAACAUUAAUGA